GUCAGGAGUAAAAGCAUCCACUUCCCAUCAUCCAUUUCUCAUCGUGGUUCUCUGAGCUGCUGCCUCAGGGGUUGAGGUCAGAAUGAGGAAGAGCGAGGACAGCCCUGGGGCCUUCUUACCUUUCCAAGGAAAGGGCAUUAUUUCUGAGAAGAUGGAAGAUUCCUGGUGAUAAACAAUGACUCAAUCCUCUGCAUCUUUUUCCUCUGUUUCCCCCCACCCAGUAGACAUGUUCGAUGACUUCUCAGAGGGCAGAGAGUGUGUCAACUGUGGGGCCAUGUCCACCCCGCUCUGGAGGCGGGACGGGACUGGUCACUAUCUGUGCAACGCCUGCGGCCUCUACCACAAGAUGAAUGGCAUCAACCGGCCCCUCAUCAAGCCCCAGCGCCGGCUGUCUGCCUCCCGCCGAGUGGGCCUCUCCUGUGCCAAUUGCCAGACGACCACCACCACACUCUGGCGCCGCAAUGCCGAGGGUGAGCCCGUGUGCAAUGCCUGUGGCCUCUACAUGAAGCUCCAUGGGGUCCCCAGGCCUCUUGCAAUGCGGAAAGAAGGGAUUCAAACCAGAAAACGGAAGCCCAAGAACCUUAAUAAAUCUAAGACAACAGCAGGUCCUUCCGGCAGUGAGAGCCUUCCUCCCACCAGCAGUGCUUCCAGCAACCCCAGCAACGCCACCAGCAGCAGCAGCGAAGAGAUGCGCCCCAUCAAGACAGAGCCCGGGCUGUCGUCUCACUAUGGGCACAGCAGCUCCAUGUCUCAGACAUUCUCAGUCAGCGCGAUGUCUAGCCACGGGCCCUCCAUCCACCCGGUCCUCUCGGCCCUGAAGCUCUCCCCACAAGGCUAUGCAUCUCCUGUCAGCCAGUCACCGCAGGCAGGCUCCAAGCAGGACUCUUGGAACAGCCUGGUCUUGGCUGAGAGCCAUGGGGACAUAAUCACUGCAUAAUCUCCCCUCCUUCCCUCCUCAUAUUCCUUCAUGGACCUGGGACUUGGAGGACAGCAGAGAGAGAGCCUCCGGCUCCCCAAAACCAGCCUCCACUGCCUGGGAAUGACUCCAGAAGAACAACUGGGAAGAAACUUGAAGUCGGCAGUUGGGUUAGGGGAUGUGAUAUGGGUUUUCUCGGAUGCCUUUGCAAGGUGGGAGGACUGGAAACAGCCCUGACUCAGAAGCACCUACCCUCUACCGCGUGCACACUCAGUUGCUCAAGCCUUGGAGCUCCUUGCUCAUUCUCCCUGCCCUAUCGCUGACAAGAGACAAGAUGUCCAUCUUUGUUUUCUUCCACUUUGGCCCAAGAUGCUCAUUCUUCCUUUGUGCUCCCAGCUCCGGAGAUCUGAGGGCGGUGAGGGGCAGGCUCUGGGACCCCUGCUCCGGCCUAAACAAGGGCAUCUGUUUGACCUGUAUUGGAAGGCCCUUCAGGCAGCCCCUGCCCUUGCCCAACACUCCCUGAGCCAUGGCACAUGCCUGCAUCCCCCGAUACCAAAUCUGACUCCAAGAAGAGCGGAUGUAACGCAGAUGUUACCAGACGCUUCCUGGGGAAGAGGAGGAGAGGGCUACUUCGCCCACCACACAACAUCACAGCCCCCCAACUCCACCUCCCCAAGUCCCUCCCCUGCUAAAGGCCUUCUACUUUAGCUCCCUUACUCAGGAGGCCUCUCAAAAUUAGACCUCUUCUGCUGUUGUGGGGGAUUCAGCUCUGCCCUUGCUUGUACAUGUCUCUCCCUCGGCAAAAAGCUCGGUAGUCUAGCCAAACAGCACCCCCUUAAGUCUACCCCCCAACAUGCCCCAUUCACCCCAUCACCCACAGGGGCAUUCUGAGUAAGAACAAAAUUGUUCCGCUGCUAAAGCAACUUUGGCAAACAUUCAUCUAAGCUCGAGAUCCUUCUGAAGAGUGUCUUGUGGACCCUGCCCUGGCUGGGGGUCAGGAGGCUUCCUGGGGACUCCAGCUGACUUGUUCUCUGGUCUUUCUGUGGACAUGGGCCUUUUGGGCAGAUAGCAGCCUGAGGCUACCUGAGGGGUGUGGAGCACCUGGACCUGCAUCCUUUCCUGGGCAGAAAUGUUUUGUCCAGGAGAUGCAAAAACCAGGGGUUCUAAGACAGAUAUUCAAAGCAAAUAAGCACAAUGAAACUAAACUCAUGGAAAGAACGAAGAGGACUGAUAGAAGACACUGCGGGCGGGCCUCGAGGGAAACCCCAACUCCGAGAGCUCUCAGCUGUUCUGCAGUUGCCGCUCCCUCUUCUGCACGUUGUGGCUCGGUUUCCACCUGCUCUGCCGGGGCUCAGUUGUCAACAGAGCUGUAGCUGACUGUGGCAUUACUGUGUCCUACCCCAAAACACCCAGCCUCUCCCCCAAAUCCUACUGGUUGUAGCAGAUAAUAUCUUUAAACCAAGAUUCUGUUUUAAUCAUCAUUUACAUUGUUUUCUUCCUGAAGGCCACCUCAUAUACUUUCCCUAAACCACAAACCUGUUAACAUUGUCUUAAGGUGAAAUGGCUGUAAAAUCAGUAUUUAACUAAUAAAUUUAUCUGUAUUCCUUUCUCC